CCACCACCACCACCAUCGUCAUCGUCAGUUGCAUCGCUAGCAGAGACACCGAGUGCAUCUCCGUCGUGGUCGUCGGCAGGUGCCUCAUCGUCCGCAAGUCACAGCGGCCUCGCAAGGCCAAAUCAGUCGUCGGUUUCGAGACGGGUCGGCGGUGGUGUGGUUUGUGGCUUGAUAGGAAAGUUUGAGUGCACCCAGCCCUCCGACUCCGGCGCUGACGUCAAAGUGACAGUGAACGGUGGCCACCGCGGUGAUAGCGCCCGUCUUAUCGCCGGAACGAGCCCGGCGGUCCCGGGUAUCGGAGGCGACGUGCUGUGCCGGGGCUGUGCCGAUAAGACGUCCGCCAUGGGUGGUAGUGCGCGCAGUAGUGUGGAGGGCAGUAGUGCGGGGGGUGCGGGUCAUGCGGGUGGUGUCGUGACGGUGAGCAAAGAACGGGACGAGCUGGCAAACGUUGGCCGCGGGCCUGGCCAGCGUCAGCGCAAGACUGUGGUCUACAGUCGCCUCUGUUUGGAUGGCGCAAUGCUUGAGGCACUCUGCCCAUCGGAAGGAGAGGAGGGGGCGGCGGCGACGACGGUGACGGACCACCACCCAGGGCCGCCACCGGAAGUGAUUCGAUUUCCGUGCGUCGAGCGACUGAUCGCACUGUACGCGAGUAUCAUCCGCGAGAAGGAGGCUGAAAUGCAAAGAUUUAUGAGCAGUAUUGUGAGGGACGGCGAUAAACGUCGAUUAGAUAAGGGCGUGUCGUCUUUGUCGUCGUUGGGUACGGUGCGAAGCGAGAAGCAAGUUGGAGACAUACGCACGGCAACGGCGCAACCUGCCUCGCCAGUGACGCUCGGAACGCCGCCUUACACGGAGCGACCGCUGGAAAGCCACAGAGAACCGAGUGUGACGCUGCCUACCAACGAGGUGGUACGAGGUGCGGGUGCACGCAGUAAAGAGAGUCCCAGUCCUGCAUCGGAUGAAGGUUGGCGCAGCACGCAGCCAAGUCCGUACGGUUCGAGCGACGAAGAAGAGCGUCCCCGGCACGGGUCCAACGCUGAAGGCGGUAACGAGGAGGAGGAAGAGCACCCAGAGAAUAUGAAGCACCGCGACAAGGUGACCCGGUCGGCCAGCUCCGACUCGGCGCUCGGUCUGGACGAGGAACUCAGCCCGCAGGAACAGCAGCAGAUGAUGGCGACCGUCGGGAAGGUGCGCCGCCUGACGCUGGGCGUAUCGGAUAUUCCGCUCCGCGCGGCACUGCUCCCCGUGCCCGAGCCGAGCCUGCUGCCGACGACCACCGACCACAGUCUGGCAGCGCAGACCGGCGGCACCGCGGACCACUGCCCGUGUCCGACCGUCGUGCGCAGCAAGAUGAUCCUGGAAGCUCAGCUCAUCGAGCUUCCGGUUCUGCCCGUGGACAGCGGACCCAGCACGGAGCAACUCGGCUGCCCAUCCAGCUCGGCGUCACGCCGGGAGUCCGCCCAAAGCUACAUCAGUGAUACGGGGGAGGGGGUGCGCUAUGUCCGCACGCCGUCGGUCGUCGUGUCCGACUACUCGGACGACACGAUCUGCGGCAUCACGCUCGAGGAGAUCGAGUACUUCCGGCGCCACCGGCUACGCCGCCGGUCGGCCGACUGCGAGUCGGACCUGAGCGCGGCGUCGUCCUGCAGCAACCUCAACUACUGCGGCUCGUCCAUCAGUGCGCUCGAGGGCUGCGAGUACCAGAGCGGUCUGCGGACGCCCGAGCGCAAGGUGUCCGACUGUUCCACCUGCUCCACCGUCAGCUGUGAUGAGGACGAAGGUUACUCCGUCGUCCGUGCCAAACUCGCCAACCUCUGCCCACCGAUGACGGCGGCGGGGGUCGUCGUUUCCGGAAGUGGCACCUCGGUGCCUUCGGUCUCGGCAGCGCAGGAAGCCCCGGCACGUGAGCCGGACGUGAGCCGGAUCUGCAGCAAACAGUCCAAGGUUAGUCCUGCACCCGAGUCCUCCGUGCAGAGGCCCGCCUAACUGCCGCCACUCUAGUCCAUAAGUGUUCGCGACGUGUCGCGUCUGUAUCGCCGCUAUAGUGCGCUAGAUCUCUAGACCUCAACACGUUAGUCUAGGUUUGUAGGCUCGUAGAUACGUCAUUCCUAUUUAAUCCCGUUUUAAUAAAACUGAAAGCGA